CUCUAAUUCUAAAAAUGUCCCGCCGUGAACUUGGAUAAGUCUAAGAACGUUGUCUCAUGAAGACUUAUAAAUCAACUUCUACUUCCUCUUGUUCAUCUACUUCGCCUCCGCUUGUUGUUCUUUACUCCUCCAAGAAUCAUGGCUCGCUCUCUUCAAGUGAAACGAUGUAGCGUGAGUCGAGUCAGAGUUGGCCCAUCGUUUCAUGCCAGACUGAAAAAGUGGAUUCAAGAAAUAGAGGAGCAAGCAUCAGAGCCGUCACCGAAGCACAAGGACAAUUAUGUCUGGAGGAUGAUUUGAGAAGGUGAUCUGAUUAUCAUCAUCAUGCUAAUUUCAUUUAGCGAUUCAUUUCUUUCUCCUCGAAGAUCGUUGUUAUUCAAAAGAAUAAGAAGUCUGAUACGAAUCAAUGUAAGUAAACUUUACCGUAGUCGUUUACGGACGUAGAGGUGCGGCAGUAGCAGCUGCGGGGAGGUCGGUGCCCUGUGGGGGCAGUGUGAUUGAUUGACUGAUUGACUGAAUGGCCAGUAAGGGUUGAGCCUGAAGUACAUGACCAUGACCAAGGCCGCCUAUAGUUGAUUGAUUGACCGUAGUACGCAGGAGGUCACUUGUACCUUGAUUGAUCAAGAAUCAUGCGCUUUCUUCUUCGGUCGUCUAAUCUACGAGCAAUAAGUCAAAGUCUCCCAAACCGAAUAAAAGUCCUAAAGGAGAAAAAGGCAAGCCAGCUGGAAACGGUUUUGCUCCUGGUAGUCGUGGUGGUGCUGUAGAAAAGCAAGCUCCUGCUAAAGCACCAGGAGUAGAUCAGCUCUCGAAAAACGAAGCUGCUAUUCAGGCUGCGCAAGAACGCAGGAAAAACCUCCUAGAAAACAGCUGCCUAGCAGGAGGAGAGAAGGCUUCUGUAAGUGCCGCGGAUAUCAAGUUAGAAGAAGUCGACGUCGAGGAGAGUUCUGGUCUAGUUAGCAAAGAGGACGAGAAAGAAAAAGCAGAAGCGCCUACUGUCGUUCCAACCGCAAAAGCAGUAGCCGCGCCUGUAGUGACAGCAAAAGCAGUUGCCGUAGUUGCACCAUCUGGAUCUGCGGAAGCGACAGCGAACUCCACUGCUGUACCCCCCGUUGCUGUUGCGGCACCAUCCUCAACAACUGCUGUUCCCACAGCCAAAGCAGUAGCUACACCUGCAGCUUCUUCUGACCCAUCUACUGCUGCUGCUGUAGUUCCUGCAGCCAAAGCCGUCGCAGCGAAACCGGGAUCA